GCCGCGCUGGGCUGCGYGAGGAAGGACCUCGCGCGCGGGCUGGCGGGCGCGCGCUCCCGGAGCGCAGCGCGCGUCAUGGAACAGCGGUUAGCUGAGUUCCGAGAAGCUCGCAAACGGGCCGGGCUGGCUGCCCAACCCAGCACUUCGAGCCAGGAGGCACAAACCUCAGGAGAGAAGGAGGAAGUAGSUGCGACUCCAAAGGCAGUCCCAAGCUGGCUAAGACAGUUCCUGGUCCUGGUAUGGAAACCGAGGCCCGCCAGCGCCSGAGCCCCGCCCAGCCACGCUCAGGAAGCAGCUCAACCUGGGAGCAGCACAGCCCARCCCCCACAGGGCACAGCCAUUCCUCCACAAUGGCACCGGAACCAGCCUUUCCUGACCAAUGUCACCUUCUUGAAGAUUCUUCUCUGGUUGGUCCUCCUGGGACUGUUUGUGGAGCUGGAAUUUGGCCUGGCUUAUUUUGUCCUGUCCUUGUUCUACUGGAUGUAUGUAGGG